AGGAGAGAGGACGGUGGUGAGGAAACGCAGGAAAGGAAAAAAUAUAAAUGCAGUAAUAAGAAAAUGCCAGCCACCAUGAAACCGACCACGAAGCAUAUUUGACUUGUAUACGGUUGGCGUUGUAUUAAUAGAAUCUAAAGGACUGACUAUCCUUGAUGUAAAUUUGUUAACGUUAGCUAGCUCGCCGAAUAGUUGCAAAAAUAAGAUAAGGCUGUGUCAUUGAGCAAUCGGGACACGGACAAGACAGUAAUACAUCGUGCUAGCUGUCUGUGAUUUCUAUUUUCUAUAGUUUUGCGGAAUUUCAAGGAUCCAUCCAAUCGCUGACCAAUUAGCCUGCUAAGGGAGCUUAAUUUGGAACGGAGCGGAUCUCAUCGGAGACGUCGCUUUGGAGACAAGGGUACGAAAAGGAAAUUAAGACAACCGAAUAAAACACUGUCAGGGGAGAAAUACCGGAGCACUAAAUGGGGGAUUACGGGUUUGGAGUCUUAGUGCAGAACAACACUGGUAACAAAUCGGCUUUCCCAGUUAGAAUUCACCCACAUCUGCAGCCUCCGCACCACCAAAAUGCGUCUCCCAGCUCCACGGCUUUUAUAAACAACAACACGACCGCUAACGGCAAUAAUGGUGGAUCUGCGUGGCUGUUUCCCGCAGCAGCCGCUCAUAGCAACAUGCAAGACGAGAUCCUGGGGUCAGACAAACCCAAGGCCCAGCAACAGGAAAUACAAGAAACGCAAGAAAAGCAGCAGCAGUCUCCAGCCCAGCAGGAAACGGGCAUCAUCUCGGAGCUGGAGAACGCGAGGUCGGAGGAGAGCAAGGGGGAGAACGGCUCUGUCGACGGUAGUAACGGUAAGGAGAAGCUACGUAUGGAGUCCCCCGUUUUGACCGGGUUUGAUUACCAGGAGCCGUCGGGCCUGGGAACCGGCGUACAGUCCAGCGCGGCCUCCUCUUCCUCCCUGACCGGCUUCAACAACUGGUCCCCCGGCGUCCCCCCGAACCCGUCUGCCAUGAUAAACGAAGACGUCAGCUUCUUCAACCCCGCCGCCUCCGCCGCCAGCAACGGGCCGCUGCUUUUCCAGAACUUUCCGCACCACGUCAGCCCCGGGUUCGGCGGAAACUUCUCCCCCCAAAUUGGGCCGCUGUCCCAGCACCACCCGCCUCCGCACCCCCACUUCCAACACCCCCACAGCCAGCACCAACCGCACCGGCGCUCCCCGGCCAGCCCCCACCCACCCCCCUUCCCCCACAGGAACGCUGCCUUCGGCCAGGUACCCCACCUGGCCAACAGCCUGAGCAAGGCCGCCUCGCCCUGGGGCAGCUACCAGAGCCCGUCCCCCACCCCCUCCUCCACCUCCUGGAGCCCAGGCGGGGGCUACGGCAGCUGGGGGGGCUCCCAGGGCCGCGAAUACCGCCGCGGGCUCAACGGAGGGGUGACGCAGCUCAACUCCAUCUCGCCGCUGAAGAAGUCGUUCCCCAACAGCCACGCGUCCUCGCAGAAGUACCCCCGCGCCGGCUUCAACCAGAAGUCCUGGAUGGAGGACAGCAUGAGCCGCAGCGAGAACAUCUUCCCCUUUCAGGAGCGCACCAGGUCCUUCGACGGCUUCAACAUGCACUCUCUGGAGAACUCGCUGAUCGACAUCAUGCGGGCGGAGCAGGACUCUCUGAAAGGGCGGCUGGGAUUCUCGCAUGCCGGGGGGGACAGCUCUUUGCCCAUAAACGCAAGGAAUUAUGGGAGACGACGAGGUCACUCGUCACUGUUCCCCAUGGAGGACGGGUUCGCGGAUGAAGACCGGGCGGACCAGGGCGUGGCCGGGCUGGGCUUCCCCCACCAGAACGGCGAACGCGUGGAGCGUUACUCCCGCAAGGUGUUCGUGGGGGGGCUCCCGCCCGACAUCGACGAAGAUGAGAUUACUGCCAGUUUCCGGCGCUUUGGUCACCUGUUUGUGGACUGGCCUCACAAGGCCGAGAGCAAGAGCUACUUCCCCCCAAAAGGUUACGCCUUCCUGCUGUUCCAGGACGAGUGCUCCGUCCAGGCGCUCAUCGACGCCUGCAUCGAGGAGGACGGCAAGCUCUACCUGUGUGUGUCCAGCCCCACCAUCAAAGACAAGCCUGUCCAGAUCCGGCCCUGGAAUCUGAACGACAGCGACUUUGUGAUGGACGGGUCCCAGCCCCUCGACCCCCGCAAGACCAUCUUCGUGGGAGGGGUUCCCCGGCCCCUACGUGCAGUGGAGCUGGCGAUGAUCAUGGACAGGCUGUAUGGGGGCGUGUGCUAUGCUGGGAUCGACACCGACCCGGAGCUGAAGUACCCGAAGGGGGCGGGGCGAGUGGCCUUCUCCAAUCAGCAGAGCUACAUCGCCGCCAUCAGCGCCCGAUUCGUCCAGCUGCAGCACGGGGAGAUCGAUAAACGGGUGGAGGUGAAGCCAUACGUGCUGGACGACCAGCUGUGUGAUGAGUGCCAGGGUACGCGCUGCGGGGGGAAGUUUGCGCCCUUCUUCUGCGCCAACGUCACCUGCCUGCAGUACUACUGUGAAUACUGCUGGGCCGCCAUCCACUCGCGCGCCGGCCGGGAGUUCCACAAGCCGCUGGUGAAGGAGGGCGGAGACCGGCCGCGCCACAUCUCCUUCCGCUGGAACUGAGAGGGGCGGAGCCAGGCCCAGGCCCCGCCCACAUCUCCUUCCGCUGGAACUGAGAGGGGCGGAGCCAGGCCCAGGCCCCGCCCACAUCUCCUUCCGCUGGAACUGAGAGGGGCGGAGCCAGGCCCAGGCCCCGCCCACAUCUCCUUCCGCUGGAACGGAGAGGGGCGGAGCCAGGCCCAGGCCCCGCCCACAUCUCCUUCCGCUGGAACUGAGAGGGGCGGAGCCAGGCCUUGUGGCAAAUAAAUGCACUUUUCUGUUGCCGAUUCCUUUUACUUUAGGCUUUUAAAUCCUUAAUAUAUUAUUUAAUUUAAAGAAAAAAUGAGUAGCAAAAUAUGUUUAUCAAAAAAAUAGUCCCAUUAGUUUCAUUUCUCCCCCUCCCUCUUCAUUGAUUUUAUAUUAGUGCACAUAGAAACUGAAUGCAUUGGUAUGAACACAGCGAUCUGAGCAUAUGAUUUGGCUUUAAUUGGCUUUAAUUGUAGAGCAUUAAAACCAAUGCUUCUGGCUGUGGAACCAGCUUGUUGCUAUGAAAGGUGUCUUGCUAAAGAAGGGUGCACUUAUUUUUUUAAGGAUGCAGAGUUGGAGUCAUCAGUCCCAGUAGUUAACCAAAGCUUGGUGUAAAUCGGUGUGUUAAACCCCCAUCUGCAGCCAUACCCCUCCCAUCCCCCCUACCCCCUCCCAUCACCCCUACCCCCUCCCAUC